AUGACGUCCCACGCUGAGUUCAGUGCCACCACGGCGGCGACGGAAGUUGCUGGCGCGUUCAAGGCUCAAAUCAAGGGCAGGAACGUCGUCGUCACCGGAGUGAGCCCCGGCGGCAUCGGUGCAGCCACAGCAACCGCCAUCGCCUCCCAACAACCCGCAUCCCUCAUCCUCGCCUCGCGCAACCAAUCCAACCUCGCCAGCGUCGUCGCCGAGAUCAAGGAGAAAUUCCCCUCGAUCUCCGUCAACACCGUCAUCCUCGACCUCUCCUCCAUCGACUCCAUCAAGAGCGCCGCCGCCCAAAUCACCUCCCUCGUCGACCACAUCGACGUCCUCAUCAACAAUGCCGGCAUCACUCUACAGAGUCGAAGCCCCGUAGUGACCCCCGGAGGCAUCACGGUGGAUUUGCAGCUCUUUACCAACCACGUUGGGACGUUCCUCUUCACCUCGCUGCUCCUGCCCAAGAUCACCGCUGCUGCUUCGCGUGGUGGUGCAAGGGGAAGCGUGCGGGUCGUCAACGUGAGCAGUCUAGGACACCGUCUCUCGCCAAUUCGUUUCAGCGAUUACGCUUUCGAAAAGGACAUGUAUGAGGGUGUUCCCGAGUCGGAGCAACCUCCCAAGCCCCUCCCUGCGGGUUUCCUCCAGGUCAAGGGCGACUACCCUGGAUUCCUGGGUUACGGCCAGAGCAAGACGGCGAACAUCCUCCACGCGUUUGAGUUGACCAGGCGUCUCCAGGCAAAGGGAGAUGACGUCUUCGCUCUGUCCGUCCACCCCGGGACCAUUAACACAGGCCUCUCCCGCAGCUUGGACGAUCAAGCUCGCGCGACGUUGGAUGGCACCGCUCCCAGCGGCGUGUGGAAGACGCUGGAUCAAGGUGCCGCAACGACUAUGGUCGCUGCUUUUGAUCCCAAGUUGUCUGAGGGUGACAUCACCAGCGCACCUAAGUUUUUGUCGGACUGCCAGCUUGCGGACGAGAGGAUGGCGCCGCAUACCAGGGAUCUUGAUGCAGCUCGGAGGCUGUGGGCCGAGAGUGAGAAGAUGCUUGGUAUUCAGUGUUUGUAG